AGCUUCUGGCUCCAGCCGCCCUGCCUCCCGAAGCUCGCCCCAGUGCCUUUUGCACGAGCAGUGAGCGCAAUGAGCGGCGAGGCUGCGGCGGACGACGCAUCGGCGCGCCCCGACGGGGGCGCGGGAGAGGUGGCCGAUGCCGGCGCCGAGGCCGCCCCUACGGCGGAGGCCGUGCCGGCCGAUGCCGGCGCCGAGGCCGCCCCCGCAGCGGAGGCCGUGGCGGCCGAUGCCGACGCCGAGGCCGCCCCUGCGGCGGCGGCCGCAGGGGGGGAUGCCGGCGCCGAGGCCGCCCCAGAGGCGGAGGCCGUGGCGGCCGAGGCCGGCGCCGAGGCCGCCCCAGUGGCUGGGGUCGCAGCGGCCGCGCUGGCCUUGAAGGUGACGGCGCCGCAGGAGGCGGGCGAGGGAGCGCCGCCGCCGUCCCUGCCAGGGGACCCUGGUGCGCGGGCGUCCGCCAGCGAUGCGGAAGGGUCACCGAAGGGCGAGGACGGGGGCGGCUCGAAGAGCACGAUGCUGUUCCGGUCCUCCUCCAAGCUCGUCAUCCAGGAGCUGCGCAAGCGGAGGACGCAGACGAUAGAGUCGCAGAACGCGACGGACGACGCGGCAGACAAGGUGGAGUCGGAAGAUUCGAAGUGGCGCAUGCCAGUCGACUUCUUCUAUGACGAUGCCGCUGCUGAGUUGCAGCCCAUCGUCUCGCACAGCGAGUUGCCGAGAGAAGGUGCUUCUACAGUGCGCUUCCUUGGAUUCGACUUCAACCAGCAUUACAACUUGGUGUGGGUCUCGGAGCGCGAGUUCGCCUACAUCACAGGACACGUUGUCUGCACAGUCGAUGUGAACACCGGGGAGAGUCGGCAACUCCACGCACGAGACAGCGGCGGCAUCGGGGCCAUCGCGCUGUCCCCCGACGGCAACUUCCUCGCGGUAGCGGAGAAGAGCCUGUUGCCUGGCAUCCCGCCGCACGUCUACAUCUACGCCACGAGAUCUUACAGGCUCUACCGCAUCCUGAGGAAGGGUACCGAGAAAGGGUAUGCUUCCGUCGAGUUCUCCCCGCACAACAGGACGCACCUGGCCGCCCUGGGCUGCGCCCCGGACUACCUGCUCUCCGUCUGGGACUGGACCAACGAGCGCCUGCUCCUGAAGUGCAAGGCCUACGGCCAGGACGUCUUCAGCAUCCGCUGGGGCCAGUUCCCUGGCACGCUGGUGUCCACGGGCACGGGUCACAUCCGCUUCUGGAAGAUGGCCACCACGUUUACCGGUCUGAAGCUCCAGGGGGACUUGGGCAAGUUUGGCGCCACCGAGCUUUCCGACAUCGUGGCCUUCGUGGAGCUCCCAGAUGGCAAAGUCGUCACAGGCAGCGAGUACGGCAGUCUGCUGUUGUGGGAGGGCGUCUUCGUCAAGGUGGAGCUCAUGCGCCUCGACGAGGACAAGCCCAAUGGAAUAGGAGCGCAGACUCACACAGGCUCGGUGGAGGUAAUCAUGCACGACCCCGAGACCAAUUGCGUCGUCUCCGGCGGGGAGGACGGCUACCUGCGAUGGUGGCCGAUCGACGAGAUCGAUGACGCGGAGGCGGACUACGAUGCAGGGAUCCUUGAGUACGGGAUCUCCAUGAAGAGGGAGGUGCGCAUCCCGCCCGAGGGCAGCAGCGAGGGCUUCACCCAGCCCGCUCACAUCCAGCACGUUGCCAGCGGGCAGGGCGGGCGCACGUGGCUCGUGCAGGAUGUGCGCAACGGCGUGGUGUGGAGGUACGACAGGGCCUCGGGCGAGUGCUUCGCGGUGGUCCAGGCCCAUGCCAAGCAGGUGACGGGUGCCCUCUACUUGGACACCUUCCCGGGGCUCGCGGUCUCCAGCGGCAUGGAUGGGACGCUUCGCGCGUUCAACGUGUCGGUGGAGAGGGAUAACAUGCUGUUCUUGGACCGGCGCAGCGGCGGGGGCAUCUCCUGCUUGGUUGCCGCGCCAGAGUCGGUGGAUGCGGAGAGACGCACGGUUCUGGCUGGUUACAUGGACGGCACCAUUAGGGUGUUCAGCGUCUGCAGAGACGGGUUCGUUCUCAUCCAGGCACUGAAGCCGCACAAUAGCAUGGUAAGGCGCCUCGAGUACAGCCCAGAUGGUCGCUUCGUUGCCAGCCUCGGGGUUGACAACACCGUCUUCUGCUUCGAGGUCCGCGGUGGGGAGGAGCACGCCGCGCCCAUUGGCUUCGUGCAGGUGCCUUCUCAGGUGAACCAUCUCUCCUGGCACGCCCUCCAGGGGCGAACCGUCCUCAGCCUGGAGGACGGAUCCCUCGUGGAGAUGGUGGUCCCCUCGAUGUCGGCGGUGGACACCACGGAGACUUACGCGAUCGAGGUGCUCUACAGGGCUGUCCAGCCAGAUGUCCCCGACCUGGCGGAAGAGGACGCGAAGAGGGCGAAGGCGGAGCAGGAUGCCGCAGAGGCCGCGGAUGGGCAGGCCGAUGGCGCAGAAGCCGAGGAUGGGGAGCCCGAGCCCGCUGGGGAUGAGGCGGCCCCGCCUGAUCCAGACCAGGCUGGCGAGGAGGCGAAGGAGGAGGAGGAUGAGGACGGCGGGGGCGGCGGCGAAGCGGAGGAGGUGACGGCGAUGUCGAGGGCGGUCUACUUGGGAGACAAGCUCGUCUUCGUGGGGACCGGAAAGUACUCGGGCGCGCUGUGGGAGCUGCUGCCGCUGUCGGAGGAGCUGGUCAGCAGCGCCGAGCAGCCCGUGGGGAAGCAGGAGCCAGGCCCGGCUGCUGCCAGGCCGCUGGCGAGGCUGCCUAAGGGCGUGUCAGUCACGCACUUGAGCAUCUCUCCGAGCUCACGCUUCGUGUUCGUCGGGUACUCGGACGGGCGCUGCUGGGCCAUCCCCCUCGCCAACCCGUCGCUGUACAUCCAGUUCAGUCCAGCAGACAACACCACCGGCGCGAUCACCUCGAUCUCCGCCGACGCCGAGGAACAGGUCCUCAUCGUCGGCGGCGGCGAUGGCAGUUUGUCCACGGUCACUCUGAACUCCACGGAGCUGCUGGAGUUCGCUGAGGCCAAGGCCGCGGGCGAGGAGCUGGACAUGGGGGAGGUGAAGGAGAGGAUGGAGGACAUGAUGCCAGAUGUUCCCCAGGGCGAGCCGCACGAGUGGGACUUGCCGACCGUGGAGAUAUCUGCGGUGACCACCCACGCGGCCCUCGACAUCGUCGACGCCGGGUACUACUCCAUCCAGGACAUGAAGCUUAAGUCGGAGCAGGACAGCGCCAAGGCUGCCGCCGACCAGCAGAAGGAGCGGGUCCGCGAGCGCAUCUUGGAGGUGCGGCAGGAUUUGGAGGACGUGAUGGCCAAGAACGCCAGCAACCCCAUCGGCCGCCUCAGUCCCGAGGAGCUGAUCAUUGAUCAGGAGUACAUUGCCCACCUCCAGAACCAGAUGGAGGUGAAGGUGGAGGAGGUCAACACCGAGCUAGCAUGGUCGGUCGAGUUCCACGAACGCGGUGUCCAGAAGCUCAAGGACCACUUCCUAGGCCAGCUGGACUUCGAACGCGUGGAGGUGUUCGGCUUCCAGUCGCCCCACCGCGUGUCCACCUUCAGGUGCCUGUCGAUGUCGGAGUUUCUUCAGGCGAGCCUCGAGAAGCUGCACGAGCUCAUCUUCGCGGCCGACCGCGACAGCGACGACGAGGGCGUGGGCGCGGACGGGUCGCCGCACGGCAUCGCGCGCGGGAACUCCAUGCAGCUCGGCGGCUCGGACGAGGGCGGCCUCUCGGAGGAGAUGUCCAGCACCCGGGCCAAGGGCCAGACCACGGGCGCGCAGCAGAAGGAGGCCCGCCGGCAGCUGCGAAUAGCCCGCAGGGAACAGAUGCAGGAGCUGGAGCGGGCCAAGCCGCCCGACUCCUACGAGGACCCGCGGGACGUGGAGGCGAUUGCGCGCGCGGAGGCGACCCUGGGCAACUACCUCCUCAAGACCAGCGACUCCUACCAGGUGCCAGAGAACCAGCGCAUGAACGCGGAGAAGAAGCGCAGGCAGAUGUUCCUCCUGGAGGAGUCCAUGCACGCCAUCAGGACCGAGUUCAACCUGAGGGUGUUGGCCCUCCGCGACUUCCGACAGCAGGUGGCCUCAGAGGUGCGCCGCGACGCGGAGGCGUUGAGGGAGAUCGACCAGCAGCUCGGCCAGGAGUCGCCCUGGCUGGAGGGGUUGCUCGACAAGGACCCGGCCGCGCCGCCCGAGUUCCCCGAGCGGCGCUUCGACUUCGGGGACGCCGAGCUCCGGGAGUUCGGCCGCCGGCUGGCCGGGGGCGCUGAGGCCGGGGAGGAGGCGGCCGCCGAGGCGGAGGCCCGGGGCCCGCCCUCCGAGGAGGGCCAGGAGGGCGCCGCCGUGGACUCCGAGGAGGAGGAGGAGGACGAGGACGAGGAGCUCGAGGACGAGGAGGACGAGGCCUCGGGCGAGGACGGCGCCGGCGGCGAGGAGGAGGCGGGGCGGCGGGCCCGGCGGCGGGGCGGCGGGGCGGCGCAGAGGGCCACCCCCAGCGGCAGGGGCGCCAAGGACGCGGCCGAGGUCCCCAGCGCCCGGCCGGCUGCGGCCGCGGUCUCGGGCCGGGCGGCGCUGGCGGCGCGGCGCGUGGCGCGGCUGGCGCUGCGGGCGGGGCUGCUGCGGGGCGCCGCGGGCGGCCUCGGCCGCGCGGUGGCCUCGGAGAUGGAGGCGCUCGGUGCGGCUGCGCGGCUCAAGGGCACCGCAGGCGCCCCCCGCGAUCCGCAGCAGAGCAGCCGCAGCAUGCAUGCUGGUGGUGGAGGCAUGCUGGUGGUGGAGACCCCCGACGCAGCGUUCCUGGGCCAGCUGGGGGUGUCGAUGGACAUCGCGGGGCCCCUCUUGACGCGGCGCCACAAGUCCCAUAUGAAGGCGCUCGGGGCGCCAGGGCGGGGCGGCUCGGCAUGGAAGAGGGCGCUCACGAAGACGACCACGAACCUGCUCGAGGCGGAGGCCAUCCGCACGACGGACCCGGGGAGGAUCGAGAAGAUCUUGGCCGCCUACGUGCACACCGUGUACUUCAACGAACGCGUGCCCAUCGCCUCUCGGCGCGAGGUAGUGCGCGAGGCGCUGGACGCCUGGGCACAGGGCCGCCGGGGCCGCAGCCUCACGCGGAGGGGCGAGCGCCUGGCCGCAGCGUCGCCCGACGAGCCCGAUCCACCAGCUCGCACGGAGCUCGAGCAGCGAGCCGCCUGGGAGCGCGACCGCGCGGACGCGGUCAUAGUCUUAGAGAUGUUUGACGGCGCUGGCCUCCACGGGGCAUGGGGCGCCCUUGACCGCGAGAUCGGCGUCGAGAGCGCGCCGGCCAACACCGCCCUGCCAUGGGCCCUGGCGCUCAACGGCGGGGCGCUCGCCCAGGUCGGGGCUGACGGAGCGGCCCGGCCCCGCCUGGGCACCGGCUCCGCCGGCGCGGCCGAGACGGCGGCGGCGACCUCGACAGGGGCACCCAGCUGCCGCGAGCAGCGGGCCAGCGAGCUCCAGGCCGCGGCCGCGAGCAACCCGCUCGGGUGGUUUUCGCUCGGGGGGGAGAUCGUCUCGGCGCUGAUCUCCGCCUGCCCCCCAGGGUGCCCGCUGGGUGGGCUUGCGAGCGCAGACCAGGGGCUGCGCCGAGAGGAUGAGGCAACGCUCGCCGCAUGCGCGGCGCCGCUGGAGCAGGCGGCGCGCGAAGCCGCACUGAGAGCUGGGACGGCGGCUGCGUGGCGACCGCGCCUCGCCGACUUGCGCGGGCGCGCCCCGCCCCCUGCGCCUGUCGGGCAGACGGCAGACGCGGCGCGGAGGCUCUUCCCUGCGACGGCCGCACUGGGUUGGCGUCUCCACAUGGUGACCGAGAGCCCGGCGGCGCGGCUCCCGAGGGAAUCCGAUUACUGGCGCGGCAUUAGCAUCCCACCCUGCGAGCGGGAAAUCAACGUGCACCGCCGCAGGCAGCUGGUCCGCGAGCUCCGGCCCGAAUGCGACCACGCCCUCACAGCAGCCAAUCGCCGGCAGCCAGGGGCCCAGAUCCACCUAGCCGGCGACCUCAAUCCAGGAGAGGGCGCAGCAGAGGCCAUGAGCGCGGCGUUGGCCCAGCGGAAAUUGCACCGCAAAGUCCUGGAGUCGGUGGCCACGCGCGCCAGCGGCCGCGGGCUGGACGUCGUCAUCGGGCCCCGGGGCAGCCUGCGCGGGCCCGCCCAGGUGCGCAACGGCACGCAGAGCAGAGAGGUCGGAUGCACCGGCGACCUCUGCCAAGCAUGCUACACGGGGCGCGGAGAUGCAGGGCAGUUUCGGUUCGUCUCGGACGCGGGCCAGCGGCAUGCCGCCUCGGCGACAGCGGCGGGCGCGGCCUUCGACGCCUUGCGGGGAGAGCUGGUCGCCAGGCGGGCCGGCGACGCGGGGCUAGCGCAGCCGAUGCAGCAGCUUUCCGACAGGCUGGGCGCGGGCCGCCCGGGCAUCGCGGCGAGACACCGGCUGCUGGCGCUCGCGCAGAACAGCCCGACCGCUGCCGCGACGGCCCUCAAGGCACCGCCGGGCUCCCGGCGGGCCCUCCUGCGCAGUUAUAUGCGGGGCCCGGAGCGCGAGGGCAAAGUGCGCGCGAGGGCGGGGCAGAGGCUUGCCAAGUCGCUGGCGAGGACCAAGCGCCGCGCGCAGUGCCGAGGCCUCCUGCUGCACAGUGCGCACCUGUGUGCCUUGGACUCGCUCCUGGCGCUGACCGCCCUGCCUCUCUGCCUCUGCCAGGUCCCGACCAUGUGGCCGGUCCGGGACAUCUGCCGCAAACGCAAGGGCGGCCGGGCACGCAUCGACAACAGCGGCUGCAGCGCCCAGCUCACCGCGGGGCUGCCGGCGCGGCUGUGGCACGACAGGGGGCAGCUGGAGGAGCACAUCCGGCAGGUCAUCGACACGUUCAAUAACGCCGUGGCCUCCAUCGAGAAGGAGAAGGCGAAGCUGGAUAGCGACCUGAAGAACGCGGACAUGAAGUUGCUGGUACUGUACGAGGAGCUCCUCACUCUCAACGAGCUGGAGGAGAAGGACGAGGCGCUCCUCAAGAAGGCCACCAAGUGCAGGCAGGACAAGACGAGCAUCAUGCAUCAGAUCAAAGAAUGCCAGGACCAGCUGGGCGACAAGAAGACGGAGAUCGAGCAGUGGCACAGCGAGGAGCAGAGCCUGGAGGCGGACUUCAGCGAGCUCGUGGGGGAGAACACGCAAUUCCACGCGGCAUUGCUCAAGAUCUAUAAGAAGAAGGUGAAGCGCUCCAAGCGCAAGAAGGGUGCUGGCGAGGAAGAGGACUUCGACGAGGACGAGGACGAAGAGGAGGAAGAAAGCGACAUGGAGAGCGAGGAGGACGAGGACGAGAUGGACGACGAAGGCCCGCCCCAGGGCUGUGACGUACAGAUAUACGAGAGCGUCAUCGAGCUGCGCGAGAAGCGCCUGGACAUGGAGGACGCGCUCCAGGAGAUCCAGAGGGCGGUGGACGAGCUGAAGAAGACGCACAAGACGCUCCUCGAGAGCGAGCGGCGCAUCGACAAGGAGCAGAAGCAGACCGACUUCGAGAUACAGCAGUUCCAGACCGACAAGCAGCGCAAGUUGAACCAGGUCGAGAUCGUCUUCGCCCUGCGCCUCUCGCAGGUGCAGUGCCUCGACGCCCCCGCCGACGGCGACGAGGCGCCCGAGCGGCUGCCCGCCGAGCUGGAGCGCCACGUCGUCUUCACGCACGAGGGGCUCCACCGGCUCAUGUCGCGCAUCGAGGAGCUCCACCAGGAAAUCAAGGACGUGAAGGGCGGCCACCGACAGCUGCAGCGCGACUUCCAGGCCCAGAAGAAGGAGAAGAACCAGGUCCUGAAGCACAUCGAGGAGCUGCAGGGGAAGUACCAGGACAUCCAAAUGCUGAAGUUCGGGCAGACGGUCGACCUGGACCUCAUCGAAAGGAGCGCGCCGAACAACUGGGUGCUGGAGCUGCAGGGCAAGGCCCGCGAGGUGGAGGGAGAGAACACCGAAAAGCUGACGCAGUGGCAGAAGAAGAUCGAGAAGCAGAAGAAGGAGCUGGCGAAGGUCACCGCAGAUAACACUUCCCUGAUGGAGCAGAUCGUCAGCAUGGGCUACUCGCAGAUGCAGCUGGACGCCGCGCUGAACGCCAGGAUCGCGAACGUCACGGUCAACGACAACGAGCCAUUGAUCGAGAUGCGCGAGUUGGAGAGGGAGCGCCUGAAGGAUCUCCUUGUGCUGCAACAGAAGGAGAUCGCCACGCUCCAGGCGGAGAUCGGCCUCUUCCGCAAGAAGGGCGGGCACAUCUACACCACGGUGACGGGCAACCGUGCGCCCGCCGCCGUCUGAGAGCACCCGCGCACCCGCGCGCGCCUUUCCUCGACCACGAUGUCCGCCGCCGCCGUC